AUGAGUGAAAAAGAAAUCACGCCCGCGGAGCCGCCGCCUCGGGCUUCGGACGCGCUCAACACUGGGCAAUCCAAACCCGAGACCACGGCGGGGUCUGAUGACACGGCUGUCCCAAUGCCUACAGAGGACAAGCUGGACCCCAAAGCUCAUCCUCAACCCGAAAGGGAGGCCGGUUUCAAAGAUCUAGUGCGCGUCUUCUCUUAUGCGACAAAAUGGGACUAUAUAGCCUAUCUCAUUGGAGCCGUGAGCUCUAUCGCUGCAGGCGUUUCUCUGCCGUUGGUAAUGGUUUUAUUCGGUCAACUCAUUGAGAAGUUCCAGGCCUUUUCCGCUCCUGGAGCGUUUGAUCCGGCCGCUUUGGACCCGUCCUCUUUGUCUCCAGAGGCACGACAGGCGAUGGAGGAUCUAGAGAAUGACUUCCGGAAGGAACUCAACCGACUUUCCCUCUUCAUGACCGCUCUCUUCAUUGUUCGAUUUGGGUGCAAUUAUAUCAACAAGGUCGUUUUCCGCAUGGUGGGCAUCCGGAUAUCAUCCGGCGUGCGAGCCCACUUUAUGCGCGCUCUCUUCGCCCAGUCGAUCCAUGUUCUCGAUUCCCUCCCCCCGGGUACUGCCGCUUCCAUGAUCACGACUACCUCCAACACGCUGCAAAUCGGCAUCUCUGAGAAGCUCGGCGUGCUGUUGGAGUUUACUGCCACGAUAGUGGCGUCCCUAACCAUCGCUUUUAUCUACAGUUGGAGCCUGACACUCGUGUGCUUCUCGGCCACUGCAUUCAUCGUCAUCACCUUGGGCGUUCUCCUGCCUCUUAUCUUGAAGGGCGUUGCUAAGUUCAACAAGGCUGAAGCGAAGACGACAGCUGUGGCUACUGAGGCUCUUGGUAGCAUUCGCAUGAUUGCUGCCUGUGGCGCCGAGUCCCGCAUGUUGAAGCGCUACACAGAGUGGUCCGAGGAAGCAAAGAGGUUGGCCCAGAAAGUGUCUCCUCUUUUGGCUCUGCAGUUUGGUCUCGUCUUCUUUGCGCUAUGGGCUGUCUUCGGUCUCGCCUUUUGGUACGGUAUCAAGUCCUACCUCGAUGGUCGGCUUGGCGGCGUUGGAGACAUUGUUAUCGUCCUCAUGUCCUCGAUGAUGAUGGUCAUGUCCAUGGAGAGAGUCUCGUCGCCCAUCCUGGCCCUCGGCAAAGCCACGCUCGCAGCAUGCCAAUUCUUUAUCGUCAUCGAUGCGCCGCCUCCUAACCCUGGCCACCUCAAGGAACCUGAUGUUUCGGCAAAUGACGACAUUAUCUUUGAGAAGGUUACCUUCGCCUACCCGAGUCGGCCCCAUGUUAAAGUCCUCGAUGACCUUGAUCUCACCAUCGAAGCCGGCAAGCUUACAGCUAUUGUUGGUCCUUCUGGUUCCGGAAAGAGCACGAUUGUGGGUUUGAUCCAGCGAUGGUACUCUCUCAAUGACCAGUACGUUCUCGAAAAGGCCAUUGGAAAGGAGGAAAUGGACAAACGGAAGAAGAAAGAGAAGAAGGCCAAGGCCAGAGCAAAGAAGAUGAAGAAGGGCAAGGCUGUUUCCGCCGAUUCUGAUUCCUCCGACGAGGAAGAUGACAAGCCCCACAACGCUGAGGAGCAUGGUACUGGCGAACCUGUCAAGAAUGCCGGCCGGAUUAUCAGUGGAAAGACUCAAAUCGACGAUAUCGAAGCUAUCUGGUGGCGAACGCAAAUCGGCUUGGUACAACAGGAACCAUUCCUCUUCAACGACACCAUUUACAACAAUGUUGCUUAUGGUUUAAUCGGCUCUAUUUGGGAGGACGAGCCUGAGGAGAAGAAGCGCGAACUCGUCAAGGAAGCUUGUAUCGAGGCCUUUGCCAACGAGUUCAUUGACCGAUUGCCCGAGGGAUACGACACCCAGGUUGGUGAGUCCGGAGCGAAGCUCUCCGGUGGACAGCGCCAGCGGAUUGCGAUCGCGCGUUCGAUCGUGAGGAAGCCGAAAAUCCUCAUCCUCGACGAGGCCACGAGCGCCAUCGAUGUCCGCGGAGAGAAGAUCGUGCAAGCCGCUCUCGACAAGGUCGCCAAGAAUCGCACCACAAUAACCAUCGCCCAUCGUCUGUCUACCAUCAAGAAGGCAGACCGAAUCAUCGUUCUUAAGAAGGGAAAGGUGGUCGAAACUGGCACCCACGAUUCGCUCCUUGAGAACCCUGAAGGUGUUUACUCCGGUCUUGUCCUCGCGCAGAAGCUGAAUCUCGGUGAUACGGCCGCCGAUGAUGACUCAGAGGACUCGGACCACAAGCUCGACACGGUUAUGAGCCGCGUGAGGAGUGGUGCGCAAUCUGCUACGGAGGAGGGUAGUGAGAAGAAGAAAACGGCGGUAGAGGCGCAUCGGACCUUCUUUGCCAGCUUUGGCCGUCUUCUUCUCGAGCAGCGUAGCCAGUGGCUCUUUUUCGCCCUCACAGUCUUCUUCGCUGCUUGUGUUGGAGCCGGUAUUCCCAUCAUGGCCUGGCUCUUCGCUAAGAUCGUUGUCGUCUUCAACUACGCUAAUGAUCCGGACAAGAUGAGUUCGGAAAGCAGGUUCUGGGCUCUGAUGUGGGUCGUCUUCGCCGUUGCCAUCGGACUCUCGUAUUUGUUCAUGGUAGCCAUCGCCCAACGCGCUUCAGCAUUUGUCGAAGAUGCAUAUCGGAAGGACUAUUUUGCCUCUAUACUCUACCAAAAGAUCUCUUUCUUUGACCAGGAAGAGAACGCUCAUGGCAUCCUUACUUCCCGAGUGUCGGGAGAUCCCAAAAAGAUGGAGGAAAUGGCAGGUCUUAACGCCGGAAUGGUGUACUCGGCCGUCUUCUCUCUUUUGGGUGGCCUGAUAAUCGCCUUCAUUUUCUCGUGGAAACUGGCUAUUCUGGCGUUCUUCGUCACGGUGCCAAUCGGUCUGGCCUCCGCCUUCUACCGUAUCAAGUACGAACUCGAAUUCGACAAGAUGAACAACGAAGUGUUUGACGAGAGCUCCAAGUUUGCUGCCGAGACGAUUGGAGCGUUCAGAACGGUGUCGUCGCUCACUUUGGAGAACACUAUCGCCACCCGUUACGAAAAGCUUCUACAAAGUCACGUCGUGACCGCUUUCCGCAAGGCUCUGUGGACUAGUCUCUUUUUCGCCUUUUCGGACAGCUCGGGCUUGGGAUGUCAGGCGCUCAUUUUCUGGUAUGGUGGUAAGCUCAUGCUCGAUGGCAAGGUUGACAAUACCUCUUUCUUGAUCUGCAUGAUGGCGGUCAUCCAAGGCGCCGAGAGCGCAGGUCAGGGUCUUAGUUUCGGCCCGAAUGCGGCUCAGGCGAGCGAGGCAUCUAACCGAAUCCUCAACAUGCGCGAGAGCCGCAACACAGACACCGUCGCUGGAGACGAAGGUAUCCCCGACACCGAUGGCGGUGUCAAGAUUGAACUGCAGGAUAUCCACUUCAAGUACCCUACUCGCAACGUUCCUGUGUUUAAGGGCCUGAACAUUACUAUCGAGAAGGGCCAGUUUGCGGCGCUCGUCGGCGCCUCCGGCUGCGGCAAAACCAGCAUCAUUUCACUCCUCGAGCGCUUCUACGAUCCUUCCCAAGGCCGGAUUCUUGUCAACGGUAAAGACGUUCGGGAUGUUAACGUGUACACCUACCGUAACUACCUCUCACUCGUUGCCCAAGAGCCGACCCUCUUCCAGGGCACGCUCCGUGAAAAUAUCCUCCUCGGUGUCGAUCCAGAGACCAUCACGGACGAACAGCUCCACACCGCGUGCCGCGACGCCUCGAUCCACGACUUUAUUGUGUCCCUACCCGAUGGCUACAACACUGAUGUCGGCAGCAAGGGUGUUUCUCUCUCCGGUGGUCAGAAGCAGCGCGUGGCCAUCGCGCGUGCCCUCAUCCGCAACCCCCGAGUCCUCCUCCUCGACGAGGCGACGAGCUCGCUUGACUCCGAGUCAGAGAAGCUUGUUCAGGCGGCCUUCGAGCGCGCUGGUAAGGGUAGGACUAUGGUUGUCGUUGCGCAUCGCUUGGCUACCGUGCAGAAUGCCGAUGUCAUCUUCGUCCUUGGCGAGGGCAAGCUUUUAGAGAAGGGUAGCCAUGCUGAGUUGUUGAAGGCUAAGGGUGUGUACUGGAAUAUGUGCCAGAGCCAAGCUCUGGAUAGGUAG